AGAAUAUGACAUUCCUGUGACGCCAUCAAAAGUUAGCUGUCAUUUAAUGUUUUAAAUGUGUGUUUUGUUGUGAUUUUCCUCGCUUUUAUAAUCCUCCAAGUCAAGAUACAAAUUCUCUGAAAGGUGUUUCAAAAUGAUGGCUGGAAGGCUAGGUAUCACCGCCCCAGGCAUACCCGAUAACCCGCUAAGCCUUUCUUGGCACGAUUCAGCUUGGAUCCCAAUCCUAAACCCCUCGAAUGUACUGGAGUACUUUUCGCAGGGGUCCAACCCCUUCUACGAUAGAACUUGCAACAACGAGAUCGUCAAGAUGCAGAGGUUGAACCCAGAGCAAUUACAGAAUAUGACGGGGCUCGAGUACCUUCUAGUGCAUAUGCAGGAACCGAUACUCUAUGUUAUCCGGAAACAGCAUAGGCAUAGCCUUACACAAGUUACGCCUUUAGCAGAAUAUUAUAUUAUUGCCGGUGUUGUGUACCAGGCACCGGAUCUAGCUAGUGUGUUGAACUCAAGGUUACUUUCUUGCGUACAUCAUAUUCAAGGGGCAUUUGAGGAGACAAUGAGCUUUGCAAGAUACCAUCCAAGCAAAGGAUACUCUUGGGAUUUCAAGUCUCAGAGAGCGAAUCUCGACAAAGUGAAAAAGGAAGAAAAGCCUAGAGAAGAGCCUAGCUCGUUGUUUCAGAGGCAGCGAGUUGACAUGCUAUUAGGUGAACUGAUAAAGAAGUUUCCUCUGCCAACUCCACCUCAGCCAAAGGUUCAACCGGUGGCUCCUGUAAAAACUGAGACGGAUAAUAGCAGUGAUACAAAAGAAAAUAGGACUGAUAUUAAACAAGAGAAAAUCAAGCCUCCUCCAGAGAAAAAACCUAGAAUGAGUUAAAACAUCAUUAAGCAUUUUGCUAAUUAUGCUACAGGAAGAGCAUCCAAAAUAAUCAUAAUUGCAUAUUAAUGUCUGUUAUUUAUUAUUAACUACAUUAUCCUUAUAUUAAAAGAAACAUUUGUUUAUACUUUUGAAGUUUUAUUAUACAAAAAAUUGUAUAAUUAUUCCUAUAACUAAUGGUAUUUACAAAAAAUGUAUGAUUAUAAUAAUUUAUAUGAAGACUCUAUCACAAGGACUGGUUAAGUCCAAUUUCCAACUAUCUAACGAGUUUCCACCUGUUUAUACUAGUUUGAAAUUCCCGCAUCAAAUGGAAAAAACAAAGC